AUGGGUGCAACCUCUCGUGCCAACAGCGUCCGCUUUGAUGAAUCUGCCAACCAAGGCCACUGGGCUCAUGCCUCACGAUCCUCAAUCGAUUUUCUUCCUCGUAGUGCAAGCAGCUUGGCUGGACUCGGCAUGACUGAGCGUACCUCAUCUCACAAGUCUGACGGCCGUGCCAGCUCGGUCCAUUCGGUCAGGUCUGCCGCUUCGGGCCGUGCUAGUAGCAUCAAUCUAGAUACUGGUUAUGCUUCUCCUGUCGAUACACCAGCCAUCGCCCCUGGUCUACUAAUCUUAGGCCCUGUCCCAGCCAUUGUGCGUUGUUGGAUAAACACAAACUUCAAGCAUGACGCUCUUCUAUAUGCUGCCGUGUCCACCGCUUCGUACAGGUCUCAGAUAGAUGAGCGUCUAGUCCAGUCGCUAGGAUUGGAGGAUUGCAUAGUGGAGAGCGCUUCCGGUGGGAGAUUGCUUGCACUGUCCGUCUACUUCGCCGAGGCUAUCCCACACCCCAUCUCAACACGGUCCAGUAGUCCAGCACCACAGGUCCCCUCAGUCACAGUCGAGUUCAACAUAGUCGCCCCUACGCAACCAGAUCUUGACUCUAAGGCUAUUCAAAUCGUUAUUGGCAGCGAUGUGCUUCGGUCACAUAAUGCCGACAUUUUGUUUUCGUCUAAUAGCAUGACUAUCUUUGACGACGAUCAAUGCAAGCUAUCCAUUCCUCUGGUCCGUCCUGAGAAUGAGGGGACCUUCAACUCUUUGUUCAUCUCGUCUUCACAGCCAAUAAAGCCUCAGGAGAUGAUGCCAGAAGAACAGACUCUCAAUGGACUGGGUCAAAUGGAACCAAACACCCCAUCUAACGAGUUGACAUUCGAACAUGAACCUUUGCAGCCAGUAACCGACACUCUUCGAAAACCAGCCGGAAAAUCAAUAGUUGAGGAAGGCGUCAGUGCUAGUAGGCUACAAACAUCUGCUUCAAGGAUCGUUCGAUCAGAGAACAAGGACUCUACAGCCUCGACACAAGUCUCACCAGCUGCACCGUCAGCUUCAUCGCCAUCGAUAUGGAGCAAUUGGCGUCGUGAAACAUCGAGCCAAAACAACGGUUCAGAGGUUGGAGACACUACAUCCAAGGUCAAGGACAGUGGCUAUCAACGGCGAGAUGCUGGCAUCAAAGUGCUAAGACCAACUAGAAGCAGUGGGCGCACAUUUUCAAGUGGCUCGGUAGCAUCAUUACCCGCUGGAGAAGGAAGAUCGCGUUAUUUUGACGAUGGAAAGAAGAAGGGACCAGACACUGUUGCGGGUGACGAGAAAGCGACAAGAGUGACGGGAGAUAACCAAGUCGAGGCAGUGACGAGUAAGACAAGGAGCAAUCCAGCAGGAGGAGGCUCGGCUUUCUCUUGGUUACACUCGGGAAACAGGGCCUGA